AUGAUGUUGAAUCGUGCCGGAACCUCUUGCAUAGUGCGGCGACAAUCUUCUUUAGCUGAGAAAUUACGAGCAGUUGUAUCUGGAGAUGUUGAGAAAAAGAAAGAUUCUGAACGAGCCCCGCGGAUUGAAACUGAUCCACAGGGUGCAACGUUCAAUGAGAUGUUUGUAAUGCCUAAACGGAAGCUUCGUGGACAGCUAUUGAUUGAACAAGCCACUGGAAGGUCCAGCGUCGAAAAACGUAGUCGCCCUGAUAUCCAUGAUCGCUUGGCAGUGCGAAGGCCUAGAAGCGAAGAAAUGAGCACCGAUCAGGAUUGGACUGCUGUUUGGCCAGCGGCCAGGUCAUUUGCUUCAUCCGUCGUGCCUCUUCCUAUAAGAAUGGGCACACGUCCAGAUCCAGAGAAACGAGCGCCUUUCAAGAAACAGGGUAACCUUGAACUCGUGAAGAUCCCCAAUUUCCUCCAUUUGACACCCACUGCGAUUGAGAAACACUGCGAAGCUAUUCGAAAAUUUUGCACCGAGUUUCCACCAGAGCUGAUCGAGAAUAAGGAGUUGGCCGAAUCCGAAUUUCCUUUGAAAAUUAGUUACAAUAGUUACGUUCACCAAGGAACCAACAUAAGAGAUAACCGCGCUCGUGUUAUCACCUUACAGGUCAAACUUUCAGCACUUGCUUUGUCUCCAUCUGCGAAGGAGAAACUUAUUCGCCUUGCUACUACGCGGUAUGAUGAAAAAACAGACACAUUAACCAUCAUCACCGACAGAUGCAUUACACGGAAGCAAAACCUUGACUAUGCAUUCUACUUGUUAACUGUUAUAUAUCACGAAUCCUGUAAGGUGGAACCAUGGGAAACUUUGAAAACACGCGAGGAUAACCUUAAAGUUGAAUUUGAGGGUUCAGAAACACAGAGGAAAUUGACAGAACUGCUUAGAGAUGUCAUAGCAGAUGAGCAUUUCAACUCACCUGUUAAAGUUGUCGGAACUGAUGCUUCUGAUAGCCAGAUUGCUGCUGAUCCAAAUGUCCAAAAAUUUGCUGAAAUGUGGAACAAAUACAUGAAUAUGCCAGAAACGCCGGAAGCAACACGGGAAUAUGCAAGGAGCAUAAAGUCCUUACUCGGCAUCAAGCCAGUUCUCGAGAAAACAGUCUAG